AUGACAACCAAAUCCACCAACAGUGUUCUGGGUGGGAAGGCUUCCUCCUCUCCUCUCUUGUCCUCUCCACCACACCAGCGCCUUGUCACCAAAGAUGGACACUGUGCCCUUCGCCCCCCUCUGUGUCCCUCAGGCUCGUGGCGUGGGUCCUCGGGCAGAGCCUGGCUGCUGGCCCUACAGGACCUGUGGGGACUGUUGGUGGGUCUGCGCUGGAGAUGGGUACUGCUGGCCUUCUGCGCCUCCUUCCUGGCUCACUGGCUGCUGUUUGCCUGUCUGUGGUACUUGCUGGCCCACCUCAACGGAGACCUGGCUGUGCAGGAUCAUGAUGCACCCCCCCAGGGGCAUGUGGUUUGUGUGAAACACAUUACCAGUUUCACUGCCGCCUUCUCCUUCUCCCUGGAGACACAGUUGACCAUCGGCUAUGGCACCAUGUUCCCCAGUGGGGAUUGUCCCAGUGCCAUAGCACUUCUGGCUGUGCAGAUGCUGUUGGGGCUCAUGCUAGAAGCAUUCAUCACAGGUGCAUUUGUAGCCAAGAUUGCACGGCCCCAGAAGCGAGCAGGAGCCAUCCAGUUCAGCCCUCAGGCAGUAGUGGGCCAGCACCAGGGUCAGACCUGCCUGAUGCUGCGAGCCACCAACCUGCUGCAGCGACCACUGGUGGACGUAAAGGUGAGUGCUGUGCUCUACGAGGAGCAUGAAGGUCAGGCUCUCCACCAGACCUCUCUGGACUUCCACUUGGAUCAUCUGGGCCAGCAGCCCUGCCCAUUCUUCAUCUUCCCACUCACCUUUUAUCACCCCCUUGAUCGCCGAAGCCCCCUCUACCCCGCGCUGUGCGAGGGCACGUCCAACCACUUUGAGUUGGUGGUCUUCCUGUCAGCAUUGCAAGAGGGAACUGGAGACUCCUGUCAGAAGAGGACCUCCUACCUGCGCCAAGAAAUCCAGUUUGACCGUCGCUUUCUCCCGGCGUUGGGGCUGGAUGCUCGUGGGAGGUACAUGGUGAGCACCCAUCACUUUGACACUGCCCAGUCAAAGGAGUCUUUGAACAAGGACUGUGUGGUGCAGAUCAACGGAGAUGGCAGCGACAGGAUGGAGUAA